AUGGCUCCAGGUCUUGCAAAGAAACGAGAUUUGGUAGGCUCGUACACGAUUUCUAGUGUGCUAUCGGAGGAACUUCGGAAAGAGCACAAACAUGAAGAUUCUAUUACCUCAGCCAAGCUCCAGGAGCUGAUAGUGAAAAAUGACUAUACCCGGAAAUCGCUUCAUGGGAAUGCAUCGUUGGACUUCGAUAAGACGAUGUCAUAUAAGGAGAUUAUGGAACAGCGAGAGUUUGAACGAGAAGAAGUCCGAGUCAAAAAAUUGAUAGAGAAGAAGAAACAAGAUAAUAGUCUCCAAGAACCAGAGCAGAUUCUUCGGAGAAAGCGUAAAAGACGGUGGGAUGUGACUCCUGAAGAAUACGAAAGAACGAAUAACGUUGACUCUAACCAAUUGAGUUUGGUUUCUGAAGCAGAUGCUGAAGCUUCGAAGUUCUUGCAGAAAAUUCUUGAAUCAAAUCAAAAGCUCCCCGUAGUAAAUGGAAUUCCUCUAACAGAUGAAAUUCUUGACAAGAUUCUUCCUGAUGGGUUCAAAAAGGUUACACCACCAGAUGGUUACAAGCCAGAUGUAGAUAUUGCCCCAGAUUUAGACUACUAUGUACCUCCUGAAGUAAGUCAAGAUCUUGUAGCAGCCAGAGCCAUGGAGAGCCAGAUUCCCACAGAUAUACAAGGAGUAACAGGACUUGAGUUCUUCAAACAGGAAGACAUGAAGCAUUUUGGUAAGUUGACCACCAUAAAAGACACUGAGGGACUCUCUUCUGAGGAAAAAAACGAGAUCAAUUCCAUGAAACUCUUGUUGAAAAUCAAGAAUGGCUCACAGAUCACAAGAAAAAGAUCUUUGCGUAGACUUACCGAUAAUGCCAGAAAAUUCGGUCCCAAGGUGAUCUUCUCACAAAUUCUUCCUAUUUUACUUGAGCCCAACUUGGGUGACCAGGAAAGACAUGUGCUCGUCAAACUUGUAGGUAGGAUCUUGUUUCAAUUAGAUGAUCUCGUACGUCCAUAUACUCAAAAGAUUCUAUCGGUGAUCUCUCCGAUGCUUAUAGAAGAAGAUUUCACUUUGAGAUUAGAAGCCAGAGAGAUUAUUUCGGCAUUGACAAGAGCGGCAGGUUUAGCCAACAUGAUUUCGACAUUAAGGCCCGAUAUCGAUCAUGCUGAUGAAUACGUGAGAAACAUCACAUCUAGAGUAUUUGCGAUAGUAGCAAAUACACUCGGGUUGCAGACAUUUUUCCCAUUUUUAAAGGCUGUUCUCAAGUCCAAAAAAAAUUGGAUGGCUAGGCACACCGGUAUCAAAAUAGUUCAACAACUCUGUAUAUUAUUGGGAGGAGGCAAUGGAACGUCCAUUUUGCCUUUCUUGACUCAGUUGGUAGAUAUUCUCAAACCUAGCUUGUCAGACGAGGUUCUCCAGGUGAGAACUAUCACAGCACUCACUUUGGCGCAACUAGCGGAUAACGUAAAGCCUUAUGGAAUUGAAUCGUUCGAAACAGUUCUAGAGCCAGCUUGGUUAGGUUUGAAACAUCAUAGAGGUAAAGGUCUUGCCAGUUUCUUGAAGUGUAUUGGAGCAAUUAUUCCAUUGAUGCAGCACGAUAAAAAUUACGAAGAGUACUCUAAUUACUAUACGAAAGAGAUUACCAACAUUAUGACGCGUGAGUUCAACUCACCGGACGAUGACAUGAGAAAGUCGAUAUUACGUAUCAUGUUAGACUUGCCAUUAUCCAGACAUCUUAUCACCAAAUAUAGACUGGAAUUGAUCAACCCCUUCAUGAAAUCUUUCUGGAAUAGAAGAACUGCGUCUGAUUCACAGCAGAUAACAAGGCUAGUAGUUGAUGUCACCGCUGAGUUGGGCAAAAAAUUCGACUUUUUGGAAGUCUUCGAAGCCAUUGUCAUUUUCACCAAGGAUGAGAAUGAACAACUUAGAAGGGUCGCCAUUGCUGCGAUCAAUAAGAUGAUAACCUCUUCUCCUGAAGAACUUAUAGCCCUAGACUCUCAACUCGAGGUCAAAUUAGUGGAUGGUGUUUUAUUUGCAUUCCAAGAACAAACCGUACAACACAAAAUCUAUUUGCAAGGUUUUGGUGCUGUUGCCACUGCUCUUAAUGUUAGACUAAAACCUCAUUUGAAUUCCAUCAUCAGUACCAUCUUGUACCGAUUAAAAAACAAAUCCCCUGAAAUAAGACUUCAAUCAUCUGACUUGAUAGCCAUAAUUGCUCCUGUUAUAAAACAAUGUUCAGAAGGUGACGAGAACGUAUUGUACAAGCUUAUUUUGAUAUUGUACGAAUCAUUAGGAGAAGUAUAUCCUGAUGUGUUGGGUUCUAUUAUUAAUGCCUUAUAUGCUUGUAUUGAUGCUCUUGACAAAUCGAGUUUAUAUGUGAUGUCUAACCCUUCGAUAAACCAAAUCUUGCCAACCUUGACACCUAUCUUGAAGAAUAGACAGGAAAAGGUCCAGGAAGCAUGUAUCAAGUUGGUUGGUUUGAUAGCACAGAAGAAUGCGGAAACUAUCAAUGCAAAGGAAUGGAUGCGUAUAUGUUUUGAAUUGUUGGAAAUGCUCAAGUCUCCCAAGAAAAGGAUCAGGGUCGCGGCCAAUGAUAGUUUUGGAUACAUCGCUAAAACCAUUGGACCUCAGGAUGUCAUUGUGAUGUUAUUGAAUAACUUGCGAGUUCAAGAACGUCAAUUGAGAGUUUGUACUGCUGUUGCAAUGGGAAUUGUUGCAAAGACUUGUGCACCAUUUACAGUACUUCCUGCAAUUAUGAACGAGUACAGAAUUCCCGAUAAAAAUGUCCAGAAUGGUGUCUUGAAGGCUCUUAGUUUCUUGUUUGAAUAUCUCGAUGGAAAAACAACGAAAGAUUAUCUAUUUGCAAUCACUCCUUUGUUGGAGGACGCCCUUACCGAUAGAGACCAAGUACAUCGUCAAACAGCAGCAACUGUGAUAAAGCACGUGGCUCUAAACUCUGUAGGAUUGGCUAAUAUUGACUAUCAUGAAGUGUUUAUCCACUAUUUGAAUUUGAUAUUGCCCAAUGUGUUUGAAACGUCUCCACACGUGAUUUCUCGUAUCUUGGAAAGUAUUGAUGCUUUGAGGGUUGUUCUUGGAACUGGAAUCUUUGUCAAUUACUUAUGGGCUGGUUUAUUCCACCCAGCUAGGAAGGUGAGAUCACCAUAUUGGAAGCUCUACAAUUAUGCCUACAUGCAAAACAGUGAUUCUCUUGUGCCAUACUAUCCACAAAUUGAGAAUUUGUCUGAUGAUGAUACUGUUGAAUAUCACAUAGAAGAGUUGGACUUAUUCCUUUAACGACAUAUACGUAAUUACUAAUGCUACCUAUUCAAAGUU